AUGACCUCAAUCUCCCACGCUUCAGUAUUCCUUUUGCUCUUUGCUUCGGCUCUGUCUUUCACUCCAUGUCCACUCCUCGGCCCUGCAUUUCCUCCGUUCUUUCUCGAUACAAAUGACAAAAUCAUUGCAAAUGCCCUGCAAAAUCUCACGCAGGAGUUUGACACACUAGUCACAAAAAAUACUGGUGCUCAUGGGGAUAUCUCGCCAAACACUACCUUUAGCAUCGCCCUGUUCUCGUCCGACACCGGGAAUGUCGAAGACGAGCCCUUCUUCUGGCAAUAUCACCACACAGCCCCUACAUUGAACCAGUCUUCAGUAGGAUCUUACGUCGUGGACAAAGACAGCAUUUAUCGUAUUGGUGGUCUCACUGAGGUCUUCACUGUGUGGAGUCUUCUUCUCAUUGGAGAUGGAGACCAGGUCUUUGACGACCCUGUUACCAAAUACCUCCCUGAGUUGGUUGAUGCUACAAGACAAGAGAUGAUUGGACAUGUAAUGUGGGAUGAUGUUACUGUCGGUCAACUUGCGAGUCAUAUGUCUGGAAUUGCAAGGGACUAUUGCUCGAAGGAUGUGACUUUGCAAACAGGUCCUGUCGAGGCAGGACUACCUCCACGCCAGGCUAUCCACAUGCGUUGCUGUGAUAAUGGUUCUAGGUGUGAUAGCAGCGAUUUCAUUCGUCACAUGGCCAACAAAACUCGCGUAGCUCCAGCUGGGGGAACCCCCAGCUAUUCCAACAUGGCAUUCCAGCUUCUUGGCUACAUAGUUGAAAAGCGCACAGGCAAGCCAUUCAGCAAAGUCCUCCAACACGACAUCUUUGACGUCCUAGGCAUGACUGAAACCUCAAUCUUUGCGCCAGAAAAAACCACUGCAGGAAUUAUUCCCGUGAGUAAAGAAGCCAGUGGAUGGUUAGCACGCCACGAAAGCGACAAAGCAUCAAAAUCUCUUUUCUCUAGCAUUAAAGAUCUCGCAACAGCCGGCCAAGCAAUCCUAAACUCAACUCUCCUCGGCAAACCCCAAACAAAUCGCUGGUUCAAGCCAGUCUCUCACACCUCCAACCCAUCCAACUCCAUCGGAUCCCCAUGGGUGAUAUACAGCGCCGGCUCAUACCCCGACACAUCCAUGGUAGACAUCUACACGGUUCUCAGCAACGAAGGCAACGACGAGAGCCUCUACAGCUCAUACCUCGGCUUGGUCCCGGACUUCGGUGUCGGCUUUGCCAUUCUCUCGGCUGACAACGAGGCCCCGGCAGAUCUCAACGCGCACGCGGAUAUCAUCGGUGAUGUCGUGUUAGGGGCAUUGAUGAAAACGGCUAUCGAGCAGGCAGCCGAGGAUUUUGGGGGCGCAUACAAGGCGCCCGACCUUAAUUCAUCUAUUGCUGUUGAAUACGACAGUUUGCCUGGUUUGUAUAUCCAGGAGUUUGUUAGUAAUGGCACCGACUUUCGUGCAACACUCGCUGGGAUCAUGGGUAUUGCGAAACCGGCGGAUCUGAGUAUUCGAUUGUAUCCUGUACAACUGGUUCAAGACUUUGGCUCUGGUUCUAGACAGGCUUUUAGAGCGGUCUUUCAGGAUAUGACUGAGCUGGCGGAUAAUGACACUCCGACUUGUGUGUCCUGGCUAGACCUUGAUAGACUCCAAUAUGGAGGUCGUGGUUUGGACGAGUUCAUCUUUUCUUUGAAUCAGAGUGGUCAGGCUGUCAGUGUUGAGAUUCCAGCUUUGCAAGUCUCACUGAGAAAGAACUAG